AUGUAUGAUAUCGCGGCCCUCCUCGAGCGGGCGCAAGUUUCUGCGCCCAUCUCAGAUAAGGUGGUGCCGCAGCUGCUGGCCCAGGAUGUCAGCAGCGUCGCGGCGCUGCUCGAGGCGGGCAGCAGCGCGAUGGCCGGCGGCGAUGGUGCUGCGGGCGAGCGCGCGGGCGGCGGCGUCGGUACAGGCGCUGCCGAGGAGGGUGGAAUCGGAGGUGGGACCGAGGUGUCCAGUUUGGACCCCUUGGUGCCCGCGCUGCCGACGAGCGGCGAUGGGACGAUCGACGCUGCGAGGGAGGAUGAGGAGGAGUGGGCUGCGGCGGCGGCGGCCUCGAGCUGUGAACACGCGGUCCAUGCAGCGGCACAAGUCGAGCUGUGCGCGCAAUGGCUCUCAGCCGCCGCCCGCAACGGGCCGGGUGUGUCGCACUUGCCGCUCGGCAGCGGUGGCUAA